AUGCCAUCUUUCGGAAACACUCGUAAAAUGUCUGCGACUAUUGUCGAACCUAAUAAUAUCAUAUCUUCAAACGGUAGCUCUCCUAAUCGAGAAAUUGCAUCUCCUUUACCUUCAGGUCAUCUUGAGACUGCAACUCGAUUUUGGCAAUUUAAAGUUGAAGAAGGUCUAAUUACUCAUGUACGGUAUGGUAACAUCCGCCCCGAUGGUAGUCUCAUGGAACGAGCCAUACAUGUUCAACACCAUUCAAGUUACCUCGAUGCAAAAAAAUUUGUCGAAAAUUUAGUAGAUGAAAAAAUCAAAGCCGGUUAUGUUGGUUGGUCGCGUUGGUAA